AUGACUGAUAAAGAACGUCUAUGCAUCGCACUUUUUAACGAUUCGUGGGGAUACCUUGAAAAUAUCUGGGACGCUUCGCCAGAGCUAAUUUUCCCUCGGGAUGACAGAAUGUUUCAAUUCACAGUAAAGGUUUACGAUAAUUCCACAGGAAAUAUGAUUGUUUGCUAUUGCUCUCUCGUGUGGAACGGCGAAGCAGAUCAACGCUACGCCAAAAUUUUGAUUUGCAUUCCCAAGGAGAUGUCCGAAAAGGUCACAGUCAAUAACCAGCUCAUAGCCACAGAUAUGCCUACAGCGCUUACUGAUGGAGAUGUUAUACAUUACGUCGAUGGUGGAAUCAUCAAGGCCUUCAUAUUCCGUUUUACGGCUAACCGCGCCAGUCUGCCGCUAUUGGAAGAUAUUUACGAACCAGUGAAAAAUUCUCCGAUUGAAAAAGGGAGACACGGAACCGUCACACGCAUGAAGCAAAAGGGCCCUCCUGGACAUAUCAUGGCGGUAAAAACCAUAGACCUUUCUAAACUAACGCAUGACUCGUAUGAACUUUCCGUCAUGGAAUUACUAGCGAAUGGUGACCAUAAAAAUGUUUGCAACUACGAAUGCUUUUUUUAUAAUGUCCCAAUGUUCACUAUUGACAUCGUGAUGCCAUGCAUGUACGGAGAUUUAUACAUGUUGUUGACUGAAAGGAUUAUCUCGGAGAGAGAGGCCAAGGAUAUCUUAUACCAGAUAUGCGACGCCAUGAAGUACAUUCACUCGAUGGACGUGAUUCACUACGAUAUCAAGCCAAAGAAUAUCCUAGUUUCGACGGAUACAUCCCCAGUCAUCAAAGUAGCCGAUUUUGGAAAUGCAGUCAUAACCCAAAAAGAUAUACAACCUGCUUUCAAAGAUCAAUGUGGAACGAAGCCGUACAUGGCACCAGAAAUUGUGACCUUACCCAGGCUCACGAACAACCUUUUACCGGAAUUCUUCGACAAUUGGUACCUGAAGCCUGGCUCUGUCAUUAAACUGGAGGCCAAUAAUCGGAGUGCAUUAGACUUUACGAAGAAGCUGCUCCGCCCCGACUGGAAAUCUAAAAGACUCUCCCUCACGAAUGCAUUUGAGCACGAUUGGUUGUCUAACGAGAUUUGCUUCCCGUGGGAGGGCUCAGCGAACGAAUCUGACACAGAGUCUUUGGACGAAGGAGAAUCACCUUGUCAGAAAACUUCUCAUAGCUCGGAUUGCGACAUCUACGAAGACUCGGAGUCUACCCCACCAGAUAAUUCAAAUACCAACUCAAAUGCCGCGAAUGACGAUCUAUUUCAAGAUAACUGGAUUUAUUCUGUUCCUAUGUUCGCACCCGACAGAUUUUACUUCGGGGAGAACGUUGGUCUUGGUAACCUGGAUGCUCUCCCUAAUUUUGAAUUUGAUACCUCAUACUCCCAAGCGUGGCAGGACUGGCACGGCUUUGGCAACGGGCAAUAA